UGUCAGCUCGCAUUCCUUUAAAAUCCCAGAUUCGCCCUCUCACUGUCUGCACUCUACUCCCAAUCACAAUAAGCACUCCUCUCCGUGUGAUGGGUUCAGAUCGGCGUUUUGAACCGAUCACAAAAUGCAACACAGAAGGACGAUCCACUCAGACGGUGGCGGCGGAUCUAGACGGUACCCUCCUCGUCGCACCAAGUUCUUUCCCUUAUUACAUGCUUUUAGCUUUCGAAGCUGGUAGCCUUUUGAGGUUCUUGACUCUCUUUGUAUCAGCUCCAUUUGUGUACUUCACUAAUUUAUUCAUAUCCGAAUCACUCGCUGCACAAGUUUUCAUCUUCAUCACUUUAUCUGGUCUCAAAUUGAAGGACAUCGAGCUUGUUUCGAGGUCGGUGUUACCGAGACUUUACGCGGUCGAUGUGCACCCAAUAACUUGGAAGGUGUUCAAUUCGUUCGGUAAAAGAUACAUAGUCACUGCCAAUCUGAGGAUUAUGGUUGAGCCCUUUGCGAAGACGUUCUUAGGGGUUGAUAAGGUUCUUGGAACGGAGUUGGAGGUCACAACAUCGGGGAGGGCAACUGGGUUUGUCAGUAAACCAGGAAUUCUUUUGGGAAAACAUAAAAGGGAUGCGGUUUUGAUGGAAUUUGGUACCAAUUUACCCGAUGUAGGGCUUGGUGAUACAGAAAAGGAUCAUGAUUUCAUGUCCAUAUGCAAGGAGGGAUACAUGGUGCCAAGAACUAAAUGCGAGCCCUUAGAUUUAUCGAAAGUGUAGAGAUAUUGUUGGUGUAGUUUCAAAGUGUCCUUUCCGUUGGGCUGCAUAACUAAAUCUCAACUUGUGAUGAGUGAGGCCUUCCCUUCAUGAGAUUCAUGGGGCUGACCUUUAUCGUGAUCUUGUUUUGGAACUAUCUAUCAGAAGGUCUAGUGUUCACAAGAACGCCAACUUUUACUUGCAGCGUUUCUUUUUUUCAUCUGUGAUCUCUAAAUGUGCAGCAGUUUUGUGCACCUUUGUACAAUUAUUUGUUGUGUUUAAUGUAUUAACAUGAAGACAGGAGUUCUAUAUUUGGAAAAAUAUAUCGAGAUAUGAUUCAAUAUCAUAAAGAACGUUGAUAUAUU